AGCCAGUCACGCCCAUUCAGAAACAUAGAGGAGAGAGAAGAGCAAGUAUUGACGCUGCUUUGACUCCUGCACACUGAGCGCUAUCCCUGUUACGUCCUGGACGCUGUGGAGGAAAACAACUUAUUCAAACUAACUGAACUCUUUUUAAAUUUUUUUUGGACUACAUUUCUUCGGUUCAAGAACAUCCUUCUGACGCAAAGUUGGAGAAAGCAAGGUGUUACACAUCCUCUGCUGUGCUCCCAAUUAAGUGAUCCUUCCCCUCCUUCCUCCUUACCCACUGAUUCCACCCCCCCUUCAUGAUGUCAUCUCAGCCUACACCCAUCCAAGGGUCACGCCCGAUGACCCCACCGCUGAACUCUGCAGGGUCUCCACGUUCUCCAGAGUCCCUGCAGCCUCCUGCCUGCAGACACAGAGACCGUUCCUCCUCCCCCAUGAGAGGCUACCUCAUCCCCAGCCCUCUUCCCACACGCAGAAACAGAACCUGCUCUGCAACGGCUCGUGCGUCCGAGGGUCCGCAGUUUGCUGGUGUGUGCAAAUGUUUUUCCCGCUCCAAAGGCCAUGGCUUCAUUACGCCAUCCGAUGGGGGCAACGACAUCUUUGUACACAUCUCAGACAUCGAGGGUGAGUAUGUGCCCGUGGAAGGCGACGAGGUGAGCUACAAAGUCUGCUCAAUCCCUCCCAAACAUGAGAAGAUCCAGGCGGUGGAGGUGACCAUAACCCACCUCAACCCUGGAACUAAGCACGAGACCUGGGCGGGACACAUUGUCAGCAGCUGAACGCUGAUCCUUGCUGGGAGCGGUUGGGAAGGGAGAUAUAAAGGAAACAGGUUGAGAUAAUAAAGGGGACUAGGGGGGAAGUAUUAAAUCAAUGUUCUGAUGAUUGAACACUGACACAUGGGCUGAAAGUAGAGAUCAGAGGGAAAUCUGAAUGAAAUCUCAUAGUUUACUAUGCUGGUAGGCUUCCUCUGUCCUACUUGGAAAUAAUGUUACUCUAUUGAGAUGGUUUGACUUGUAAAUGAUUCGAUUUAUGAUCACAGUGGAAGAGACGUGUAUUAUUGAAAGACUUGUAACUUUAGAUUUCUUGCUUAGAUUUGUAGACCCCCCUUGUGUUGAAAUUUGAUGGUGCAUUGUUUGAAUUUGUAAAUUAUUUAGUUGAUUUCAGCAGCAAACAUUUAUUUCCAUGAAUAAGUCGUUUGGAAGGAUUCUGUGUUGCAUGUUUGAUUCAACUUUGCAGCACUAAAAAAAAAAUACUAAACCUAGUGUGGUGACAGUGCAGCCAGUGCUGAGUGAGCACCCCAUGUUGCUCUGCACCAUGGAGUGAUUUUCCUGCUAUACUUAGUGUGCCUACUUCUACCCAGAGAACUGACAGCUCUGUUUGUGCCUAUACUUAUACCAGCCUCUCAUAUGUGUUUGAUCAUGCAUGGGUGCCUAAAGUGAAUAAAGCUUUUACAACUGGUA